GGGGAAUGACGUCAUCGCCUUAUGUACGUGACGUCGCAUCAAUGCGCGCCCGGUGACGUCACGACGCGAUGACGUCAUCGGUGUUGCCGCUGUCCAUGCGUUAAUUAGUGGAGUUGAUUGAGCGAGAUGGACAAACGGAGUCGUCCCCGUGUACAGGGCGGAUGGGCGACGCCAACCGCCAACAACAAAUCUCGUCCACUUGCAGCUUCUCUACAAGUGACAAAGACGCCCAUCUCUGCACCAAAGCAGAACAACGCUGAAACUCGAGAUGGGAAGUUUGUGUAUGUGGACCCGGAGAAACCUCUGAGAAGAGCACCUGAUGUAAAAGUCAUUAACGCGGCAGGUGACUACGAGAUCAGCACGGGCCCGACUGGUGUGUCCAGCCUGCGGUUCUUUCCUGGAUUUGUUGAGCGCGCCGAGGCCGACUGGAUGUUCGAGCAGCUCGCGGCGGAGAUCCCAUGGGGGCAGAGGACGUACACCAAGCACGGGGUGACGAGUCUGGAGCCCCAGCUGACGUGCUGGUACGGUGACCAUCCCUACACCUACUCGCGGCUCACCAUGGAAGCCAACCCACAUUGGCAUCCGCUGGUGACGAUGCUGCGCGACCGCAUCGCCGAGGUCACGGGGCUGCAGUGCAACUCGGUGCUCGCCAACUGGUACCGCAACGAGCACGACAGCGUGGACUGGCACUGCGACGACGAGCCCGACCUGGGCCCCCAGCCGUCCAUCGCCUCCCUCAGCCUGGGCGAGAUGCGCUCCUUCGAGCUGCGCAAGAAGCCCCCGCCGGAGGAUGAAGGGGACUUCACGUACGUGGAGCGUCUACGCGUUCCUCUAGGCCACGGCGAUCUCAUUCUCAUGUUCGGGGCCUCGCAGGACGACUGGCAGCACCGAGUACCCAAGGAAUACCACAGCCGGGCUGGCAGAAUAAACCUCACCUUCCGCACCGUCUACCCCAACAAGACCGCACACACCUGAGCAAGGAAUGGAUGUCAGUGUCGGCCCAUUGGCAUCUGAGACGUUCACUUAACAAGGAGGUGGCUGGCUGGCUGAGAAGGCAAAUGACGGUGUCCUGGCCAGGAAUCAGACUCUGGUUGUCAAAGUCAUAGCGCACUGUGCGUAAACCCAAUGCACCACCGCUUCACUCAUGUUUCCAUUGUAAGGCUGUGUUCAUGAUGAAUGUGUUGAUAUACAGUGCAUAAAAAAUAGACAUUUUCCAGAGAGGUAGGCAACUAUUGGUUCCACAUGCAGCCAGGAGCAUUCCUCAGCGUUUUUUUUGAGAUCACAGCUAGAAUCACCUUCUCCGAGUUAUCCACGCUGCUGCCUUGUCAACGUGCUGUUGCUUAAGCAAUAAAGCCACACAUCUGUGGAACGUUGUUACUCCAGGAGGUGUCCAGAUGGCUCGGGAAUCAGAGCGCUGAGUUGACACUAAUGGGGUUCUGGGUUCGGAUCCAGACACCGUCCACCUGUGAAGUUGCUAUAAAACUACAUUUACCUGGAAGGUAAAUUGUGUGCGUGCUGCGUUGAUGUGCCCGAGUUAGCAGGUUUACAAUUAACUAUUUUUUUUGAUAACUGCCAUUUAUUUUGAUAAAAGUUCCUUGCAAAAAUCGAGAACAUGGAUUAACAGGUGGAAGUCCUUCCCAAUUGUUUGUGUAGCCAACCUGUAAAACAGGAUAAAUGCGUCCAUAAUAGAGGUUUUUGGGUUAGAUCGCUUAAAUAUAAAUGUGUCGUUAAACCCGCCACCACCCGACACAGCCAAUUAGUAAGGGUUGUUACGUAAUCAAAUCCGUUACUAGUACAGCACACUGGUGACUAACCUCCUUUGGGAGGAUAAAUAUAUAUUAUGCCCUUCAUAACAUGGAUUGAAUAUAUUUUGAACACAAAGAAGAAUGUUAAAUUUGAAAUAAAGCUGCACCUUAUGAACUCUAUUAAACUACAGAGAGUUCUAAUCGGGAUGCAAACACGAAAACUGCAUCACAUGGCAGCAGCGGUGGCUGUUAAAGAGAAUUCCAUAUUGGAAAAUGCUUUGUUUGCUCAAGUUAGCAAAUCAAGGUUUGAUCCAAAUAAACCGAAGCCUCAUUC